GUCCCCUUUCCCUUGUUUUCCUGUUGUCGUGGCUGAGGUUUGCGUGGCGUGUUCAUUUUCAUCAGUUUGCUCGCUCAUAACAAGCUUGCGACUACCUCCCCUUUUUGGUGCUGUACACCCGCGACCUUUCUUAUCCUCUUCUCCUUCUCCACCACCGCUCAACGACAAGAUGCGCGAAGUUCUCUCCGUCCACAUUGGCCAGGCCGGUUGCCAGAUCGGUAACGCCUGCUGGGAGCUGUACUGCCUCGAGCACGGCAUCCAACCCGAUGGCCAGAUGCCCUCUGACAAGACUGUCGGCUAUGGCGACGACUCGUUCAACACCUUCUUCUCCGAGACUGGUGCUGGCAAGCACGUGCCCCGCGCCGUGUUUGUCGAUCUCGAGCCCACCGUCGUCGACGAGGUGCGCACCGGCACCUACCGCCAGCUGUUCCACCCCGAGCAGCUCAUCUCCGGCAAGGAGGACGCCGCCAACAACUACGCCCGUGGCCACUACACCGUUGGCAAGGAGCUCGUCGACAUUGUCCUCGACCGCAUCCGCAAGCUCGCCGACCAGUGCACCGGUCUCCAGGGCUUCCUCAUCUUCCACUCGUUCGGUGGCGGUACCGGCUCUGGCUUUGCCUCGCUCCUCAUGGAGCGCCUCUCUGUCGACUACGGCAAGAAGUCCAAGCUCGAGUUUGCCGUCUACCCUGCUCCUCAGGUGUCCACCGCCGUUGUCGAGCCCUACAACUCGAUCCUGACGUGCCACACCACCCUCGAGCACUCUGACUGCGCCUUCCUCAUGGACAACGAGGCCAUCUACGACAUUUGCCGUCGCAACCUCGACAUUGAGCGCCCCACCUACACCAACCUGAACCGCCUCAUCGCCCAGGUUGUGUCCUCCGUGACGGCCUCCCUGCGCUUCGACGGUGCCCUUAACGUCGAUCUCACCGAGUUCCAGACCAACCUGGUGCCCUACCCCCGCAUCCACUUCCCUCUGGUGACGUACGCUCCCAUCAUCUCUGCCGAGAAGGCCUACCACGAGCAGCUCUCCGUUGCCGAGAUCACCAACUCGUGCUUCGAGCCCGCCAACCAGAUGGUCAAGUGCGACCCCCGCCACGGCAAGUACAUGGCCUGCUGCGUCCUCUACCGCGGUGACGUCGUCCCCAAGGACGUCAACGCCUCGAUUGCCACCAUCAAGACCAAGCGCACCAUCCAGUUUGUCGACUGGUGCCCCACUGGCUUCAAGGUUGGCAUCAACUACCAGCCACCCACCGUCGUGCCCGGCGGCGACCUUGCCAAGGUGCAGCGCUCCGUCUGCAUGCUCAGCAACACCACCGCCAUUGCCGAGGCCUGGGCUCGUCUUGACCACAAGUUCGACCUCAUGUACGCCAAGCGUGCCUUCGUCCACUGGUACGUCGGUGAGGGUAUGGAGGAAGGCGAGUUCGCCGAGGCCCGCGAGGAUCUUGCCGCCCUCGAGAAGGAUUACGAGGAGGUCGGCGUCGACUCCAUGGACGGCGAGGGCGAGGACGAGGGCGAGGAGUACUAAGCGCAAGGCCCCCUCCCGGCCUGACCUCCACCACCACCGUCUUCACUGCUGCAAUUACCUGCCAUUGUUUUGGCUGUCCUUUGAUGACUGGUUGAUGCUUCUGCAUUUGUUUUGUGUGUGUUGAGCUGUCUGGUGGUGGCGCGUUUGUUCACUCUUCCACCCCUUGCCUUUGCUGCAAGCGACCGUUCCAUGUCCCCAACCAUCCAAUACAAACACUGAAUCCAACAACAAUUGCAGCAAAGAGGAAUAAGUUGUCCAACAGAAC